CGGUUUGCGGAAUCGACACGAUAACGAAAUCGCAUUCAAUAUAGCCAAACAGCUGUGUUUAAUAGAUGGACUGUCGUAUGAUAAGCACAAAAGAAUUGCGUUUCAGACAAAGAUAAUGGACAUACCGUUUUUCAUUUCUCCGUGUCACCACCAAGUAGAGCUCUAGGCAACAUUAGUAAUAGUAAUAAUAAUAAUAACAAUAAUAAAAACAGUGAAUAUUCCAAAUCGUUAAAUUUGUUUUCCAGCGUCUUUUACUACGUUAUUCUGCCUCAAAACUCGAUUUUAUUUUAAUUUAAAAGUAAUCAUUUAUCAUGUCAACUCCAGCCAGGCGUAGGCUUAUGCGAGAUUUUAAAAAAUUACAAGAAGAUCCACCUGCUGGUAUCAGUGGUACACCAACUGAUAAUAACAUUAUGAUUUGGAAAGCAGUGAUAUUUGGACCGCAUGAUACUCCUUUUGAGGAUGGCACAUUCAAAUUAACCAUAGAAUUUACUGAAGAAUAUCCAAACAAACCACCUACAGUUAGAUUUGUUUCUAAAAUGUUUCAUCCAAAUGUCUACGCAGAUGGAGGCAUUUGUCUUGAUAUAUUACAGAAUCGUUGGAGUCCUACAUAUGAUGUAGCUGCUAUUUUAACAUCCAUUCAAUCUUUACUCAGUGAUCCCAAUCCUAAUUCACCAGCUAAUUCUAUGGCUGCUCAGUUGUAUAAGGAAAAUCGCAGAGAAUAUGAAAAAAGAGUGAAGUUAUGCGUUGAGCAAAGCUUUAUUGAUUAAAAUAAUAAUAAGUUUUCUUUUAUCUUCAAUGAAAAAAAAAAAAAGAAUUAGUUGUUAAUGUGUUACUAGUUCUUUUUACUCAAUGAUUAAUUUUUUUUUUCAUUCCAGUGUAUAAGAAGGUACUUUUCACUAAUUUGUUUUCUUGCAAAUAAUAAUUGUAUUAUAUAUAUUAUAAUAUAUAUAGUCACAAGUUAAUUAUUAAAAUGUUAAAUAAUGG